AUGGCUUCAGAGACAGCCUGCCGCCCUUCAGUAAGGAGGACCAGCAUGAUGCAAGCCUUCAGAAUCUGGGAUGUUAACCAGAAGACCUUCUACAUGAGGAACAACCAACUAGUUGCUGGAUACUUGCAAGGAUCAAAUACGAAACUAGAAGAGAAGAUAGACGUGGCGCCUGUCGAGCCCCAUGCUGUGCUCCUGGGCAUCCAUGGCAAGAAGCUGUGCCUGGCCUGCGUCAAGGUUGGCGAUGAGAUCCAGCUCCAGCUGGAGGAGGUCAACAUCACUGACCUGAACAAGACCACGGAGCAGAACAAGCGCUACACCUUCAUCCGCUCGGACAGCGGCCCCAUCACCACCUUCGAGUCGGCCGCCUACCCUGGCUGGUUCCUUUGCACGGCCCUGGAGGCCGACCAGCCCGUCAGCCUCACCAACGAGCCCCUGGAGGACAUUAGGGGCACCAGGUUCUACUUCCAGCAGGACUAG